AUGAUUUGCUUUAAACGAGACCCACAUCCGUCUGUGGUGAAGAACAAGCGAUCCCUGCGUCCGCACAGCCACCCGUCUCCGGCUCUGUGCUGCGCCUGUGGACUUUGCCUCAUGCUGGCUGGGAUCAACAUCACCCUUGUGGGUGCUUUCGGCUUUGGUAAAAUUCUUCCAGCCAACAAUCCACCCAUCAUCAUCGGGCCCCUCCUCCUUCUGGUGGCACUUUCAUUUUUUGCCGUGUGUUGCAUGUUUAGCCGCCCGCCUUCCACUCAAUUUUCUCAUGCCAACGCAAGGCCGAACCACUGGGGCUUAAUGGGUGGAACCUCAUUCGAGAUGGAGACCAGUGAGAACACACUUCAGGACACCACGGCCAUUCAGCUCAGCCCGACUAACUCUCAAUGCUCCUCGCACCAAUCUAGUCCCAACCACUUACCUGCUGUCAUGCCCCAUCCAUCAGAUACUGCUAACCUUGGGAAUAGAAGUCAUUCAUUAGGUCAGUUGUCACCAAGAGAAGAUGAUAUGGUUCCGCUUAGCUCAUAUGAUGAGAGAUAUACAUAA